CAUGCUUCUCACCAUGAGAACACAAGAGUGAGAAACCAGGGAGGGGAUUAACAUCGACCAACUUCCACCCAGGGGAAUAAUAGGGAAUGGUAGAAAAAGCUCAGGCAGAGCCAGAAGGGGAGUCAGGCAAGAAGAGAGAAGCAGUCAGUGCCCAGCUGUCCAAGGACGACAUUCCUCCAAAUACCCGGACUGCUGGAAGGAUGGGAAGUCCCAAAAGCAUCAUCAGCCUGAAACCUGAGUGAGAGGAGAGUAGCCUCUGAAGAAUUGCCAAGAAAACCCCUGCUCCUUGGAAAGCUUCUGAGUCCUGAAGAAUCACAAUGGAGAUAUGUAGCACGAACGAAAAUGUCUCCAAAUGCAGCUCAAACACCAUGUCCAUGGAAUGCUUCAUGGUCCUUAGCACUCCAGCUCAGAAAAUAGGUAUCACUGUGCUGUGCUGCUUCUUUGGGAUUCUGUGCAUUUUUGAGAACUCUUUGGUGUUGUAUUUGAUAUUUUCCUCCAUCAAGAUCAGGAGAAAACCUUCCUACGUCUUCAUCAGCAGCCUGGCCCUAGCUGAUCUCUUGGCCAGCAUUAAUUUCGUUGGCAGUUUUGUUAAAUUCCAUGUUUUCAAAGUGACUGACUCUAAAAACAUCUUCUUGCUGAAACUUGGAGCAGUCAACACAUCCUUCACAGCUUCCCUGGGCAGCUUGCUGCUGAUGGCAUUGGACCGAUAUGUCUGUAUCUGCAAGCCGUCGGAGUACAAGAUCAUCAUCACAAAGAAGAAGGCUUUGGUGGCACUGGCUGUGCUGUGGAUGACUACCAUGGUCAUCGCCUUCCUGCCUCUCGUGGGAUGGAACUGCUGCACCCUAAACUCAAACUGCUCAGAACUGUUCCCCUUUGUUGAUGACAAGUAUCUGUCGGGCUGGAUUUCCCUGGUGAUGAUUCUGCUCGUGUGCAUCGUCUGUGCCUACAUGCACGUGCUGUGGAAGGCUCACAAACAUACAGCGUACAUGGAGAAGCACCAAACGCAGGCUGUGCAGCAGAAUGCCAAGAUGAGGCUGGAUGUCACCCUUGCUAAGACAUUAGCUAUCGUCCUGACUGUUCUCAUGGUGUGCUGGUCCCCCCUGCUGGCUCUGAUGACGUACAGUGUUUUUGUCAACUUAAAUAAUCGCAUCAAGAAGGUGUUUGCUUUCUGCAGCACCCUCUGCCUGGUGAACUCCAUGGUGAAUCCCAUUGUCUAUGCCCUCCGGAGCAGGGAGCUGCGCUCUUCCUUGAGGAAUGCCUGCUCGUGGUGCAGGAAGAAGCUGAAGAUCCCAGGGAGCAGCCAGGAAGUGGACAGCACUCAAAAGUUGUCCACAAUAGGAACUGUCUGUGAAGAUGCUGGGUGCAGCACCGAUUGGCCACAGCUCAAGUCUGAGCUCUGAUGGGUGAAAAAUAUGAUGGAAUUUGGGUUGCCAUUUUUUUUUUUUGUUUUAAAAUGAAGAAAAUCUAAUGCUGCUUUUCAGAGGAGGAUCCCAGGAGAAUAAGUGACCAAAUGAGUAGUGUGGGCAGUGGAGCCAGCAGGCUGGGAAGUUAAUAGUUAACAUUUGCAGACGGUUGUGCAUGGGGCUGUUCACAGCAAGUAAAAUACAUGGCUGCCGCCACAGAGAGCAGAUAUACCCACCGUAGCAAAGGCAGGACCAGCUCUGCCGUUGACAUCCCAGGGCAGGUGCCACCAGAGAGGUUGCAGUAAUGGGCACUCUACAAACUCCAUUCCCAAAUGGAUGCAUAAAUUGGACAAUCACCUAAAGUAGCAGUUUGCAGUACAUUAGGGCCACUGUCCCUGACUUCUCAGCUGUGCCAGGCACUGAUGUCCUUAAUAUAUUCUUGCACUCUGAUUUCCUUAAGACUUAAUGUGCUCUCUUGUUCAGCCUGUAGUACCACUCAACUGCAGGAUCAGCCAUUCAGACCUCUCUUCUCUGUUCCAGUCACUGGCAUCUUCAGUUCUUAUCCCACUUCAUUCAUGUCUUUCUGUCCCUCUCAGCCUUGGCCUCUCUCUUCUCUUCCUCCCUUUUUGUCUCCAUCAUUCUUCUUCACUAUGCAAGGGAUGUCCUGGCUAUCCCCACCUCACCUACAGUCAUUUCCUGAUGUCACAAGUCUGUACGGGUCUCUGCACGAAAUACCCAGUGUUCACCUCCUCAUGCUCAUCUGCUUGCUCAAUUACCCUCUCAUCCUUCCUUCCCGUUGCCUGUUUCCACUCGGUGUAGUAACACAGACAUGACCAGUACCGGGGAGAUCUUGAUUGUCAGCUCCCUUGGCAUCUUUUUGUCAUGCUUUGUUUCAUAGCUGUCUUGAUUGUUUCAUGUAACUGUCCAAUACCUGAAUGCCCGUUCCAGGUUCAGGAUCGCCCUUUCCUAUCCUUCACCGUUCUGUCUUUCCAUUCAACCUUGCAACUUGCAUAACUCCUUUUUCCCCACUGUUUAUUUAUAGAUCCCAUUUCUAUGGGUGUUUCUUAAAGCUUAAUUCUGGUCCAGGCAAAAUGUGCUUCGACCUACAUGACACCCUUGACAGCGACCUCAGACACCGAGUACUUGACAAAGAUCUUCCCCUUCACAAUGUUACAACAAAUCCUAUUGCCGUAUACACCCCAUUACUAACCUAUGGCCAGUUGAGAUAUUAUAUGAUAAGCCACUGUAAUGCUAAGACUGUAAUAUUUUGUAUGAAGUUAGGGUUCAGUCCUCCCAGGGACUAAGCACCUCUGAGAGUCCAUGAGAGACCUGCACCCCCAUUAAUCUGAGUAGCAGCUGAGCACUUUGCAAGAUCAAGGCUGUACUGUUUGGGACUUUCCUCGCAUGUCCAGAAACUGCGUGUGUGAAACAUCUUUCCAAAAGAGAAAACCGAGUAUGUUUGCUACUCAUCAAACUAGUAAGACAUAUUCCACCCAUUGCACUGGGUUUGCAUCAAAGGAGAGUUUAGGUCUCCGGUUGGCACUCUUGUUAGAGCUAUUUUAAGAAAGCACUAGACUGCUUUGUUCAGGAACGCCAGACAUGACAUGGCCAGGUUUUGAAUUGGUAAUAAUCAUAGAAAAUGAGGGUUGGGACCACAGGAGGUCACAUCUAGUCCAACCCCCUGCCCAACUAGAUCAUCCCAGCCAAGGCUUUGUCUAGUUGGGUCUUAAAAACCUCUUAAGGAUGGUGAUUCCCCCACCUCUCUGGGUAACCAGUUCCAGGGCUUUACUAUCCUCCUAGUGAGAGAGUUUUUCCUAAUGUCUAAACUCAACUCCCCUGCUGCAACGUGAGACCAUCGCUCCUCUCCUGUCAUCUGCCACCAAGAAGAGGGUAACGUUGUACCAUUAUUUCUAUAACAGCAAUUACGCUGGACCCAAGCAAAGUUGCACAAGCACCAAUCAAUGCGUGCCCAACUCCGCAGCACUUUGCCACAGCCACACUGCUUUUCACUAGCACUGAAUUUGCACCCCCGGGUGCUGUAUGUUCAUAGCACAACAGUCUCUCAAGUCUGUGGGAGCUUGGAGAGGGACGUCAACGUGCAAAGCCUAACAAAUCCUGGUCGGCCUGUUAAUAAGUGACCCCAUCAUCCCACUGGCAUGGAAACGCACCCCCUGUAAUACUACCUGCACGCGGGCCUGCAGCAGGACGCACCGCUGUAGUCAUACGCUGCACAUCCUUGUUGCGUUCAGCUCGCAGACUGCGACCCUGAACCUAUCAUCACGCCAGCGACCGUCUUAUUUAUUCAGCAACUGGCUACCUAAACUCUCGACACCGCAAGGCCAGGAGACGUGCCUGACGCCUUGGAAAACCCCCGGAGUCGUUCCAGCAGCAGAACGCAGCAUCGCCGGGACCGCGCCGCGCCGCCCCCAACGUCACCAUCCGAGGGACGCGGGCGCUGCUCGUUCGAUGGCUGCUUCGUCAUUAAAAAGUUAACUACC